UUCUUCUUGCCCUUCCAGGUCACCCACAACAACAGUGAUGGCGGCGGCUGCAAGGAUCUUCAUCCGAGGCUCAAACCCGAGACUCUCCAUCUGCGGGGCUGGCACCGGGAUCCAGGGCUCUGUCGGAGCCGCUUUACUCAAACAGUCGCCGAGCUGCAGCUCCCGUGCAAAAACACACCGGAGACACGCAGCCCACUUUACCUUCCAGCCUGACCCAGUCACCGCACAAUAUGGAACGACGCAGAAGAUGAACUUGUUCCAGUCCAUUACAAGUGCCUUGGACAACACGCUCAAUAAUGACCCUACAGCAGUCAUCUUCGGGGAAGACGUUGCCUUCGGAGGAGUUUUCCGGUGCACAGUUGGCCUGAGAGAUAAAUACGGCAAGGACAGAGUCUUCAACACUCCUCUCUGUGAGCAGGGGAUCGUGGGAUUUGGCAUCGGUGCCGCCGUUGCCGGUGCUACAGCCAUUGCUGAAAUCCAGUUUGCUGAUUACAUCUACCCCGCCUUUGACCAGAUUGUGAAUGAAGCGGCGAAGUACCGGUACCGCUCCGGGAACCUGUUUGACUGUGGAACGCUGACCAUCCGGGCUCCGUGGGGCUGCGUCGGCCACGGAUCCCUCUACCACUCCCAAAGCCCUGAAGCCUUCUUCGCCCACUGCCCCGGGAUCAAGAUUGUAAUACCUCGCAGUCCGGUUCAGGCCAAGGGGCUGCUCCUCUCCUGCAUCGCUGACAAGAACCCGUGUAUAUUCUUCGAGCCCAAGAUUCUCUACAGAGCAGCUGUGGAGCAGGUUCCGGUGGAGGCCUACACCAUCCCACUCUCGCAGGCCGAGAUCCUGCAGGAAGGAAGUGACGUCACCCUGGUUGCCUGGGGGACACAGAUCCACGUGAUGAGGGAGGUGGCGACCAUGGCCCAGGAGAAGCUGGGAGUGUCCUGCGAGGUCAUCGACCUCAGGACCAUCCUGCCCUGGGACACCGAGACGAUCUGCAAGUCGGUGGUGAAAACUGGACGUUUGCUCAUCAGCCAUGAGGCACCAAUAACAGGAGGCUUCGCUGCUGAAAUCAGCUCCACAGUCCAGGAGGAGUGCUUCCUUAACCUGGAGGCCCCCAUCAGUCGGGUUUGUGGCUACGACACCCCCUUCCCUCACAUCUUUGAGCCUUUCUACAUCCCAGACAAGUGGAAGUGCUUUGAUGCAAUCAAGAGGAUGAUGAAAUACUGAUCCCUUUCAGAGCCACCUCCUGGUAGUCCUGAACGCCACAUUUCCUCCCCAUUUUUCCUCCUCAUUCAUCCAGCAGGUGGAGAGCAGCCAGGAAAAGACACUAUGUUGACCAUCCAAACAGAGAGCUGCGUCCAGAUGGCCUCUGUGUCCCUCUGUGUCCUCAGUCUGCGAGACGCUGCAUCUGGAUAAAAGAACCCUGCUCUCUCAGGCAAAACAGGAACCAUGUGAUCGACUGUAUCGAUGGGGAAACUCCACUUCAGCCUUAGCCUUUCACAUAUAACACGAUGAAGUUUUCUUCUUGUUUGGAUUCUGUAGGGAAUCCAGUAUUUGGUUGGAUUUGUCACCGUAGGCCUAUCUGUGCUGUUUCUUUUGAUUGAACCUUGCUCUAAUCUUUAUUUAGUUUGACACGGAUUUGUUUGCAAUGUUUUGAUCUAUUAAACAACUGUGGAUUUUAAGGAAAAUAAAACCAUCUGAACUAUUGAACACA